AUGGCCGUCGACACCGCCGCCCCCGCCGUCCACCGCCAGAUCGACCAGCUGCACCGUGAGGUAUCCGAGUUCCUCAAUUCCUCCGCAGAGCUGCAAGGCCGCCCGCCGGCCGCGCAAAUCUACAAAGCCGCCCUCGCCAAGGCGGACGCAGCAUUGGAACUCGCCGAGGAGCACGGCGUUGUGGGCCUGAGGAAGCAGCACUGCCUUUCGUACCAGCGCCUCUGCACCGAGCCCCUGGAGCUGGCGCUGUCCAAGACGACGGACCGCCACGAACGCGCCGUCUACGACCGCGCCACCGGCCGCUCGAAGCGCCAUGGCGUCUUGUUUGCUGUUGACAAGGGCGAGCACGUGGCGGCGGUGCUGGCGGCGCUGCAGUUGGAGGCGUUUCUGGAUCAGCAGAAGCAGGAUGAGGAGGAGGCUGAGGUUGAAAGUCAAAGGAGUUCUGAUGCUAGUGCUGGGACGUCUCCGUCGCCGUCGUCGCCCUCGGGAACGCGGACGGUACGCUUUGCGGAGAAGGUCGAGGAGAGGGAGCAUGAGCAGGAGGAGCAGAAGCGGAGUCGAUUUCACGAGGAACUCCAACCGGAGAACGUGCGUAUGGUUGAUGCUCAGGGUAAUAGGACGGAGACCAAGAGUGCGCCCGCUUUGAAGAAGCGUGGCGCGCAGCGGUUUGAUGGAUGGAAGAACGUCAUUUGA